AUGUCGUCUGCCAAAUUUCCUGUACCUGCCCCGUUCGAUUUCUCCACCCCAGAAGCAUGGCCACUCUGGAAGACCCGUUUUGAACGCUUUAGUUCUUUGUCCAAAUUGGACGAGGCGGACGGGCAACGCCAAGUAGACACAUUAGUUUACUCCAUGGGAGCCGAAGCCGAUCCUAUCUUUGAGUCUCUAUCUCUGUCCUCGGAUGAUAAGAAGAAACUCGACAAGGUACUGGAGGCCUUUGACAAGUAUUUUCGCCCGGGUGUAAACGUAAUCCACCAACGGACAUUGUUUGAAAGGUGUGUCCAGAACCCUGGUGAAUCCGUGGAAGAGUAUGUGCGUCGUCUCCGUGCCGCAGCCAAAUACUGCGCGUUUGACAAGCCCGAUGAGCGUAUCCGCGACAGGUUGGUGGCCCAUAUGACGAACCGAGAAGUUUCGAAGAAGCUACAGCUCGAGGAUCACGCUCCGCUGACACUCGAGACUGCCGUGAGCUUGGCACGCAAAACGGAGUCCGUAAACGCCGAGGUCGCCCAGCAAACGCCCCGAGUGAGCCAAGCUGCUGCAGCUACCUCACCGCAGCGGAAACACGGCAAGUUCCCUGCUUACGCAAGUUACGGAUCGAUGGGAAAGCGACCACAGGUCAAGUCCCAACGAGACUCGAGCAACAGUAAGAAGUGCUCGUGGUGUGGCUCCUCCGAAGACCACAAAUCGAACCGUGACGAAUGCCCUGCCAAGGACAAGUCUUGUAACAAGUGUCGUAAGUCUGGACACUUCGCCAGCGUCUGCCGGUCAGCCUCCGCCAGUGCAGCACACAACGAUUAUGUGCAUGUAGCUGAGUUUGACUUGCAGUCGGACCCCGUCGGCGAAAAUUUCCUUGGAGCUGCUUCUACCCACACCGCUGACGAGCCGUGGAUAGUACGACUGAAUCUGUGA